AUGGCCGCGGCUCCAAGUGCGACAGCACCUAAGCAUAACUACACACUCGGAACAAAUGCUUCGCAACUCGAGCUGUACAAGUACCUCAAGACUGUUCCUCCCAUCCCAGAGCUGCGACAGGCGGUAACAAUUAAGAAGUACGAAGAGGCUUCUGUUGAUGAUACCUUGUACCCGUUGAUUGAUGAGCACCAGAUCAUCAUGGUGGUCGGUGCUUUCUUCGGAGAUGAGGGAAAGGGGAAGACAGUGGAUGCCGUUGCUCGCCACCCCGCAUGCACGUGCGUCGCCCGAGUUAACAGCGGAGAAAAUGCUGGACACACAGUCUUUGAUGACAUUGGCCGCAAGUAUGUGUUUAACCUUGCCCCAUCCAGCCUUCUCACGCCCAACACGCGCAACUACGUGAGCUCGGAGUGUGUUAUGGAUCCCAUUAGCUUCAUGGAGAGGGAGAUAGGACAAUUUAUCAAAUCAAAUAUGCCCUACAAGGACAAGCUCUUUGUUGGCAAUGUUUUUGUGGUUACACCCUACCACAAGUUGCUUGAUUUGCUUGGAUCCGCACCAAACUCCUCAACCUUGAAGGGCAUGUCCCCCAUCCAUGCCUCAAAGGUGACGAAGCGUGGCAUCCGCCUGGACCACAUUUUCAAUGAUGAGGGGGUUCUCCGAGCCCGGCUUGCUAAGGACAUGGACACAUACUAUGGAUUGCUAAAAGUUAAGGGACUAACCGAUAAGGAUGUGGUCCGCCGCUGUCAAGAGGAGAAUGCUGAUGGUGUGGAGCGUGUGCCAGGUUAUGUGGUAGACUUUGCGCGGGCGGAGAAUAAGAUCGACUAUUUGGUGAAACUCUACACUGAGCGAGUGAAGAACAACAAGGACUUCCCACGGCGUUGUGACGUGACCCAUGAAUUACGCGCGGCACUUGCCAGGGGUGAGAAAUUGCUGUUGGAGGGCCCGCAGUCCUACUGGCUGAGUAACGCCCGUGAGAAAUUCUGGGAGAGCACCACCUCCGCGGACACGACGGCAGGUGGACUACUGGCCUCUGCUCAGUUCAACUUUCAGCGGUAUAAAGUUUUGGUGAUUAAUGUGCACAAGGCACCGGGAAGCAGCCGUGUUGGAAUUGGCGCAAACCCCAGUAGCUUUGUCCCGCAAGAUUAUUACUCCGCCCAGGACAUAAAGACCCUUGAGGCGCUACCCAAGGGUGGGUGCGUUGACUUCGACAAGAUUCAAAACUUCUUUUACACUAAGGCGUUUAACACCGAGUCGAAAACCUUUAACGGCAUAUAUGAGCCGCUGGAGUACGAGGAUGCCACUGGGAAGUAUAACAUUGGCGUCGCGAUGUCCAUCGCUUCUGCCCGCCAUCAUGGGGAAUGCGGUGCAGUCACCAAAAAACCGCGCGUCUGCGGGUUCUUCGACUGCGUGUUGCACUUUGAGGUUAACGCGGUCCAGGGGCCGUACCUUUCCAUCUCUGCAGUCGACCGUGGUGACGACUACGAUAGGAUUGGUAUUACAAUUGCAUAUGUUUACUACGAUGUGGGAAAUAAGAUGGUGGACGCGAACGGCCGUGUGUACAAGAAUGGAGAUAUCAUCAAAGCCGGAGACCCGGUGCCUUGCGAGAUGGCGUUGUACCACUGCUAUCCAAUUGUGAAAGUUAUCAACGGAUGGAAAGGCGCUCCCAUUGCGGCUUCGAAGCGUCGUCCUAACGAGCCACUGCCGAAGGGCGUGUGUGAAUUCAUCGCAAAUGUGGAAUUCUUCACUGGCGCAAAAGUUAUUUCCAUUGGCAACGGCCCGAGGGGUUCAGACAUUAUAUACCUCAAGCAAUAA